UGUCAAUAUAUGUAUGUCAUGAGAUGAAAGUGGGCGAAAUUAUCCAGUUAAUUUUAGAAAAUUCCUAGUCAAGCUUCGUCACAAUGAUAUCGUUAGGAAUACCUAUCGCAAUUGUAGUAAUCUUUCUAAUUUUACGUAUGUUUGGCAAAUUCACUUGCGAAUUGAGAAAGUUGAGAGUUGGAUUUCUGAAGAGACACCCCAAAAUAACAGAGCUGCCAAUAAUCACAUCUACAGGACAAAUAGUCAACUGCGUAGAAGAUCUUGAUCUUCAUUUGGACUUUCUGAGGGGCCAACUGGAAGAGAAGGAAGAAGAACUAGAGUCCUCCAGAUCCAAAAUAUCUUCGACAGGAGAAAACCUGAAGAAAUUGACAGAUACUACAAACGAAGUGCGGAAAUACUACUUGAAACUGAAAUCCGAAAUCAACAAAACCGAAAACGAAUGCAAGCAACUCAAGAUACAAAUUGAGGACUAUAAGCUGAGGCAAACAAGGCUGAGAGAAGAGGUUAAUGAGAAUGUUAAAUAUUAUACUGAUCUUCUAAGUGACCUUGAUAGUGGAAAAACUGGCUCGAAAGGUGAUUGUUCUCAGGAAUUCGAAAUGGUGAAGAAGUUUCCACGUGAUUCUAAAUUCGACCUGUUGAAUAGGGUGCAAGAACAAUAGGUUUCGGGCAUAAAUAAUUAUGCAUGCUGUUCCAGAAUAACUACCAUGAGAUUCAGAUUCAAGAAAUUCAACAGUACGUUACUAAUAAUAAAUCUGCAAUGGAAUGAGUGAACGCAAUAUAUCCAUUUUCAUUAUA